GGCCCUUUGAUCAGCGAGGCGCGGUUAGGGAGCCCCGGACCCCUCGUGCUGCAAAGACGCCCUGGUGCCGCCGACCUCGAGCGUGCGGAGCUCUAGUCUUCGCACUGCUUCAGCAGAGCAGCUCCAGCUUGCGGUGUAACUUAACCCGAGAGAGAAUUGCAUGAGAGUGAAGCAUGCUUGUCGCGAAGCAGAGCAGGCCUCGUGUGCUCUCUGGGUGCUUGGCAGCCGCUACCAUUACCCAGACGCCGGCUCGGGCGCGUUGCUGCCUGCAGCCAGACGCGGCUCUGCUCCAGUCACUCUGCAAAGCGAGCCAAUGAUCAGUCCUUCGCCAACGCCGGGGAAGGCCCCGGCAGCGCUGCUGGCGAAAGCAAUGCGGCACCCCUCUGGAUCCCCGGCAUGAGCGCCUUGGAGGAUGGACACGAUGUCUUUCAAGAAGGAGACGCCACUUGCAAAUGCAGCAUUUUGGGCUGCAAGGAAGGGAAACCUGGCUCUUCUUCAGCUGCUGCUGAACAGUGGACGUGUGGAUGUAGACUGCAAAGACAGUCUUGGUACAACACCUCUUAUGGUAGCGUCAUAUUAUGGCCACAAAGAAUGCAUCCGAGAACUGGUGCUGCAAGGAGCUGAUAUCAAUCUUCAGAGAGAGUCUGGUGCCACUGCCCUGUUCUUCGCUGCCCAACAAGGUCACAACGAUGCUGUGAAGUUUCUGUUGGAAUAUGGAGCCUCCACAGAGUUUAAAACCCAAGAUGGAGGCACUGCUCUGCUAGCUGCUUGUCAGUAUGGGCAUAUGAAAGUGGUGGAGACCUUGCUGAAGCAUGGUGCCAACAUUCAAGAUCAGCUUUACGAUGGAGCUACUAGCCUGUUCCUGGCUGCACAAGGAGGCUACCUGGAUUUAAUUCGUAUACUAAUGUCUUCAGGAGCAAAGGUCAACCAGCCAAGGCAGGAUGGGACAGCUCCAUUGUGGAUAGCCUCUCAGAUGGGUCACAGUGAGGUAGUGAGAGUAAUGCUGCUCCGUGGAGCAGACCGAGAUGCUGCGAGGGACGAUGGCACAACUGCUUUGUUUAAAGCAGCAAACAAAGGCUAUAGUAGUGUUAUAGAAGAACUGCUUAAAUUUUCCCCUGCAUUGGGUUUAUUGAAGAAUGGAACCUCAGCACUCCAUGCAGCAGUUCUUGGUGGCAAUCUGAGAGCAGUAGCACUACUGUUGGAAGCUGGGGCAGAUCCCUUCCUUAGGAACAAGAAAAAUGAACUGCCUUCAGAUCUAACAAAAAACGAGCGCAUCCUACAGCUCCUGCAGGCCCGAGGAAAGCACAGAAAGAGCUAAUGCAAGAUCAUGCAUUGAGAGAGCAGAGGAGCCCUGCCUGCUAUGAGCCCUUGAGCAAAGCUAGUGUUCCUGCAGAACUGGAAACGUCUUGCUGAGACCUGAACACGCCGUGGCUCUUACUCUGAGAAUGAGCUCAGGACUCUUCAAGGAGUGGCACUGCUGAGGCAUUGAUUUUAUCCCACUGAACUCACCAGGUUUCUGUUGCUGGCUUCAGUCCAGAGGAGGUUUUUGUCUCUAAUGUAGCAUUCCCAAAUGACAGCCUUUUCUGCCUCAGAGAAAGCUUCUUUGCUAUGGCCUCAUCCAUUCUCUCUGGUUCUUUUAUAGUGGUGUUGCACUGGCCUUCCCAGUCCUCCUAUGACUCCCCAGGUACUAAACAGUUCUUUAAAAUAUAUAAAGGGAUAGCCGUGUUAAUCUGCUGCAGCACAGAUAAACAGGGGCCUUGUGGCACCUUAAUGACCAACAAAUUUUGUUUUCCAGGAUAAGACUUAUUUUGUAUUCAUUUAUGUGGGAGUUGGAAAAGAAAACAACAACAGGGUCUCAUAAAAUGCAGUCAACUACAGAGUGAAAUGUAAUUAUAGAAAAUUGGGGGUGAGGGUCCUAAGCUCCUACGUAAAAUGACUGCAAAAUUAAUAUUUACUUAUAGCAUCUGAAGUGCUGGAAUAUAUGAGACUUCAGCCUCUCUCC